AAAAAAACAAUCACUCGCAUUCUUUUUUUCUCUUUCACAACUUCAUUUCAAGUAACAAUGUCAAAAUCCAAGCACAUGGAAUCAGGCGACACUCUUGAGGAUGACUUCGAGUAUCUGAGCGAUGGUGAGGGUGCAGGGGAGCGAUUUGACGACUCAGAAAUAGAAGAUUAUGAUGGUGGUAACAAGUCGCUUAGUGCUGGAUCAAAACGCAAAGUUGGUGGUACUCCAGAGAAGAAAAAGAACAAGGUAUACAUAUUUUGUAGGGCCAUGUCCUAUUGAUUCACUCGUUGUCUGUUUGAUAGAUAUCUUAACUAUAAAGAUUUCUAUUGAUUAUUUCUACGUCCGCAUAAAUAGCUAAAGAAGGCAAGGAUUGAAGAGAACAAUAUUCCUCUGGGAAAACGACCCCAUGCCU